AUGACGCCUAAGGAAGCUGAAGGUCCUGAGUUCAACUCCGCCUCCCUCGUUGGGGCCACUCGCCUGAGAGAAAACUCCCUGGUUUUGAAUAUAUUGUUUUUUGAAGCCACAAAUCCUCUAGAGGUUGCAGCGGGAGCGAGAGUGAAAGAGAAUGUUUUGAAUAUCUUGUUUUCUGAGAUGGCACUUCUCAUGUUCUUCCUUCUUCUGCGAGUGGAUGUGAGUGACAUCUCUAAUGUCGCUACGCCUAACACGCAUCCACCAUCGGUUAAGAAGGUGGAUAUCAUACCUGUGGUUAGAAGGAUGCAAACACUCAAGUGUCCCAGAUAUUUAGAGAAGGCUUUGAUUCUAGAGAAACCAACCAUUGAGAAGAGGAAACGAUCAACAAGAAUAAGCCACUCAAUCGCUGGCUUGACGAACGCAAGAAGCACCGCUGCAAUCGCCGGCAGAACUCAAGAAGUGGAAGAAGAGACAGAGAGAAUGGAGAAGGGGAACCAGCUGCUGGAGGUUUUGUUUUCCGCUGGAGAAGACGAAGAGCCUAGACUGCUUUGGGUCAGGAAAAGACCUGCUGCUCCUCCACCUCCACGUUAUUCUCCUGAAUGUAUGAAGAGCCGUAAGCGAAAAACGAAUACGAUCAAUCAAUUUCAUGCAUGUGAUGAAGCUAACUCAGGUUUUACGAAGAAAGCUACGGAACUUCAAAUGAAAUUAGGACCAGAAUUGCCUACUUUCGUGAAAUUUAUGCAUCCUUCUCAUGUUGGUAGCAGCUGUAUUUUGCUGAAACUUCCUCGUGAUUUUUGCAAGUUGAACUUACCGAAAGAAGAUUGUAGGAUUACAUUGGUAGAUGAAAGUGGUAAAGAGUACAAAAUGAAUUACCUUGGUAGAGCGGUAGCACUGAGUGCUGGAUGGAAGGGAUUCUCUAUUGCACACAAAUUGGUUGUAGGAGAUUCAGUGUUGUUCCAACUUAUUGAGGCUAUUAAAUUCAAGGUGUACAUUAUAAGGGGAAAUGGUUUGACUAAUUCUGAAGUUGCUGGAGCUUUUGCACAUUCAAAGGAAAUUCUUACUGAUGAGAGAGAUGUGAAGCAUUCAAAAUCUCGUUCUUUAUAUGAUCUUCAAGAGAAAAAUCAGAAUGCUGGCCCUCCAGGAUCAACUUCUAACCCUGGACCACCAGCUGGAGAACAGUUUAAAAAUGACAGUGAAGUUGGCUCUGAAGAUUUGGAAGGCAUCAUAUUGGCAAAAAAAAACAUGGAAUUUAAAGAUGUGAAAAGCUUUGAGGAUUUCACCAAUAUAGUGAAUGAUUUGAUUAAAGAUUCUGAACUAUCUGAACAUGUUCGAGUGAAGUACUAUGAGCUCUGCUGUAGUCAAAAGGCUUUGCUUCAUGAUCAUCUUCUCGAAGGCAUCAACUGUAAGUUGAUUGCUGGAAUAAUUUCUGAGAUUGUCAAUGUGGCUGAUGCCAUUCGAGCUUGCAAACUCACUACCUUUCAGAAUGACUUUGCAUCUUGGGACAAAAGCUUGAAUGCCUUUGAGCAAUUGGGCAUGAAUGUUGGUGUUUUACGCAACCGAAUGCACCAGGCUGUGAGCGUCACCUUUGAGUCAGAAGGUGCAAUGGAGAUGUACAAUGAGGUUGUGUUCAAAAGAGAGGGAUUGGUAGAGGAGAUAAGAAAUCUCGAAUUGAAGCUUAUGGAAUCAAAAGAGGCUCUUGCAAGGUAUGACAAAGAAAUUGAGACUCGAAAGGCUGAGAAACUUGAGAUGAAGUUUCAAGCAGUGGUGAAUGUUCCGUGGUGACCUUUGCAUUUUGUUAGGUUGCAGUUUCCUCCUUUUUUGAGGUAGCCUGAAUUUUGCAGUUGAUCAACAUAAUCCUAUGAAAUCUUGAGAAGAGUAUCUUUUUGUGGAA